GGCGCUGCCCGGGCCGGUCCCGGGGCCGAAGUCCGCGGGCCCGGUGCUGGCGGCGGGGCCGGGAUGCAGCUCCCGGCGGGCACGGCCGCCCUGGCCGCCCCCCUGCUCGCCCUCCCGGUGGCCUUCGGUGUCAGCGCUGUCACCUCCCUGGACCCCCCGGCGCCGGCCCUGGCCGCGGUCCUGCUGCUCCUCGGCCUCGUCUCCCUCCUCAUCCUCAGCGGCGGCAUCGGCCUCGUCCAGAACCCCCUGUUCUGCGUGCUCGUGGUGUUCUCCUUCGUGUCGGCCGUGGAUUUGCUGAUCGCGCUGGAGGAGGACGGGAUCAUCUCGGGCUUCACCGAGCUCUACCUGCGGGAGGGCGAUCCCCACCUGCGCACGGCUCACGGGCUCCUCACCUGCUACUGGGACGGCACCGUGCACUACGGGCUGUACCUGGCCAUGGCCGGCGCCGCGGGGCUCAGGAAGAGCUACCGGGGGCUGGGUCUCUUCUGGCUGGGCUCGCUGCUGAUGAGCGCCGUGGUUUUCCUGCUGGGCAACCUGAUCGGGAAAUACAGCCACGAGCUGAGCCCGUCCUUCCUCCUCAACCUGCCCUACCUCCUCCUCCUCACCUGGGCCGGCCGCCGGCUCUUCCAGCAGCCCCGGGCGCUGCCGAGCCUCAGCCCCGAGAAGAUUGCAGAGGAGCAGCGCAAACCCCUCUACCGGCGGCCCCAGGACCUGCUCCUCAUCCUCAUCCUCAUCCUCACCGCAGCCUUCACCUUCUUCAGGGGGAUGGUGGUCCUGGACUGCCCGGCCGAUUCCUGCUUUGACUACACCUACCUGCACGAGCCCUACCUGCGCGACCCCGUGGGCUACCCCAAAGUGCAGAUGCUGAUCUACCUGUUCUACCUGCUGCCCUUCCUCCUGCUCGCCAUCUACGGGCUGGCCCUGCCCGGCUGCUCCUGGCUGCCCGACUGGAGCCUGGUGUUCGCCGGCGCCGUGGCGCAGGCUCAGUUCGCUCACCUGGGCUCCUCGCUGCACUCCCGCACGCCCUUCCCGUACCAGACCCCCGAGGAGGUGCUGUGGAGUUUUCUGCUCUCCAACGUCCUGUACGCGCUGGGCCCGCAGCUCCUGGCGCUGCGCUGCCUGCGCUCCCCGGCCUUCUUCCUCCCCCCGGCCAGCCCGGGCCUGGCCCGCGCCAAAAAGUACCAGUGACAGGUCCUGCCCUGUCCCCCGGGACUGCUGGCACCACCCUGGGGCUGCUGUCACCUCGCCGGGGCUGCCCGUCCCCACCCCGGGUCCUGCUGUCCCCACCCCGCCCGGUGCCUCUCGCCCCGCUCCGAGCAGAGAU